AUGCCUAUGAUAUUCUCAGAACACAUGGAGCAGUACGAUCUCGAGGUCGUGUUUCCUCGAAAUGUGAACUUUGUGGUACCGUAUCAACGGACCGAGGUUGAUAUCGUCGUCAUCCAUGGUCUCAAUAUUGAGGCCAAUUACUACGUGCACAGAGACACUUGGUCCUACUGUGGCAAGAUGUGGCCUAGGGAUAUCCUUCCUAGCUGCUUUGGAAAGCGUUGCCGCGUCAUGCUCUUCUCCUACAAUGACGGCCUUUCUGUGAAUGACGAAGACACCCGAUUCAUCAAGCAUUGCGAUCGUCUCCUUCGACUUCUCAUGGAGAAUCGCCUUGACGACCCUACCCGACCACUCGUCUUCAUCUGCCACGACGUUGGCGGACUCAUCGUCAAGGAGGCAUUGGCCAAGGCCCAUCUGGACAAGACUGGCACCAUUCACAUCAUUGAUCAAUGCACUCGCAUGCUGGUGUUUUUCAACACUCCUCACCACAACGUGGCCAAGUCUGUGCGAAACAUUGCCAGCGCUGCCGUCCGCCCUACUCCUCCUGAAGUCCUUGACAUGCUGGACAAGGCGUGCAACGAGCACGUUGAACGCAUUGCACCUCUGGAGCAGAGAGGACGCCUCUACCGCCGACGCUUGGUCAUCAACUUCCAUGGCACCAAUUGCUAUCGCGGCAAGCAGCUCCUUGUUGAAAAGGAAGACACCAUGAUGAACGCCAGGCCCGAAUACUGGGAGAAGCACUUUCCCAUCUACGGUGACCACACUUCCAUGUGUAGGUAUCCGUCGAGCGAAGACAUCACCUGCGAGACUGUGCUCAAGACCAUUGGCCUCAACACAUAUCUUGCCAUGCGUAUGUUCCCUACUUCCGAAAUUCUCAACAGAGCGAAGUUUCGCUUUUGA